GGCCAGUUUGUUAGUAAAAGAGGAGGAAAUCUGAGUGAGCCGGGGUUGCAAAUAAUUAUCUUUCUCUAGUCUCUACCGCCAACGUUUAAGAGGGUCCCUGGUCCUACCCCCUCCCAAACACCAUUUCACCACACGCCAGACCUACACCAUCACCCGGCUCAAUCCCAUCUCCUUCUUCUUCUUCUCUCUCUUAACUGUAUUGUUUUUUAUAUUAGUUUUACUUUUCCUGUUCUUGUCUCAAAAUUCUCCGAACCUAUUUUGGUUUUUUGAUUCUUACGUUUCUACUUUAUUUUUGGUUGUCCAUUCAUUACUGUUACUUGUUCUAUUAUCGUUUUUGUUGUAUAAUUUCAUUUUUGCUUUUCUGGGUUCUUGUUGAUCUCAAUUUGUUUUUCCUUUUCCCCUUGGGUUUUUUUUUUUUUCUUCUUCCGUACCCUGACCUACUUCGAAUUAUCUUUGAGGAAUUUGGUGCUUUUCGAGCUCUAUGGUGCUUUUUUGAAGAAUGUUAAUGUAAUGAUGAACCAAGGAGGUAAUACCGAGGCCAUAGCUCCACUGGACUCCAAUUCGCUCGAGAAUCGACAUGUAUACGCAAGUCAAGGACAAACAUCUUCGCAUCUUCCUUUAGCAGCAGGCAAUGAAGCCGUAUCAUGGACAGCUCAUAAGGUGGAUAACUCCACAUCUAGUGGAAUGCCUUCUAACUCAACCUACCACUAUGAACAACACAUGCAACCUCCUGUUUCUAGUUCAUCAAGUUUGGGAACAGUAAAUGCACCACAAGAUUACAAUGGAUAUGCAUCAUACACAAAUUCUUCUGAUCCAUAUGGUUAUGGAAGCUCAGGAUACUCAAGCUACUACAACGGCUAUCAACAACAAUCUAACCCUUCCUAUUCACAACCCGUAGGAGCAUAUCAAAACACAGGUGCUCCUUAUCAGCCUAUUUCCUCAUUUCAGAAUACUGGGUCUUAUGCUGGCUCUGCAAGUUAUUCAAGCACUUAUUACAAUCCUGGUGAUUAUCAGACAGCUGGAGGUUACUCAAGUAGCAGUUACAAUAAUCAGACGACCUCGUGGAAUGAUGCCAGUUAUGCAAAUUAUUCUUCUCAACAAUAUCCACAUUACAAUUCAGGCACAACCAGUGCUUACAGUUCUGGGGCUACAACUACAACUACAACUGCAACUGCAAGUGCAACAUCACAUAAUUAUCAACAACAAUAUAAGCAAUGGGUAGAUUAUUACAAUCAGUCAGAGGUCCCCUGUGCUCCUGGGACAGAGAAUCUGUCUGUGCCUGGAACAUCUAAUUUUGGAGGUUCAGUUCCUAGUGUCACCUCUAGCUAUCCAACUUUGAACAGCCAACAACUGCCACCUCCACCUCCAGGUCCACUUCCACCUCCCCCUCCCUUUACGCCCCCAGGUCCACCUCCCGGUCCUCCUCCAGGUCCACCACCUUACGCUUCAUCUUGGAGGCCCGAGUCCAGUUCAUCUGAAUUCCCUCCUGUUCAGUCGGGUGCUUUACCAAAUGGUGCUCACGAUGGUUACUGGAGACAUGAUGCUCCCGCAUCUCAAAUUCACCAUAGUAGUCCAAAUCAACCCCACCUUCAAAAGCCUUUGGAUCAAAAUUCUUCCUAUAGCAACUUUCAGGAUCAACAAAAGUCUUUUUACUCUCCAGGAUCCAGUUCACAGUAUUCUGCAACUCAUCAGCAGCCUCCGGUGCCUUCAUGCCCUCAAGGAUCAAGUUUGCAAUAUGCUUCUGUUCAUCAGGUACCACCGUCACCCCAGACUUUUCAAUCACCUUCGCAAAAUGUUCAAUCUUUAGAUACUCGAAGGAUAGGGAAACUGCAGAUCCCCACCAACCCAAGAAUCGCAUCGAAUUUGAAUUUGGGUUUAUCGAAGAACGACAAGGAUAGUUCUGUAACAGGUGCAGCAGCUAAACCUGCGUAUAUCAAUGUUUCGAUACCAAAGCCAAAUGACAACGUCUCAUCUAGUGCUGGUGCAGAUUCUUUGCUUAAGCCUAAUAUGUUUCCCAAGUCCCUACGUGGUUAUGUUGAGAGGGCUUUGGCUCGAUGUAAAGAUGAUAAACAAAUGACAGCUUGUGAGGCGGUCAUGAAAGAGAUGAUCACCAAUGCCAGGGCUGAUGGUACACUUUACACGCGUAACUGGGAUGUUGAGCCUCUUUUCCCAGUGCCAAUUGCAGAUUCUGUGAAGCAAGGCAACGUACAGAGUUUGACUCAUGUUUCUUCAUUGGAAAAUAAGUUAAAGAUUCCAAGUAGACGAACAAAAAGUAGGUGGGAGCCUCUACCAGAGGAUAAACUUGUUGAAAUGUCAGCAUCUAUCAAUCAAAGUACAUUAAAAUGUGCAGGUUGGCCACAUGCCAAUGAAAGGGACAAAAAGACCUUAAUGAUGAAUACUGGGAGCAAGGAUGGAAAUUUAACUGAUGCAAGAUUUUCUUCAGUGGAGCAAAAAGGGGCAAACAAAAUCACCCAAAAGCCAGGAAAAAGGCAGCGUCUCAUUGACAAUUUUGGUGCUGCUGGCAAUGGUGAUGCAUCUAGUGAUAGUGACAAGGAACAAAGUUUAACAGAAUAUUACACGGGAGCAGUGGCACUGGCAAAUUCGCCAGAGGAAAGAAGGAGACGUGAAAGUCGUUCCAAGCGUUUUGAAAAACGGCAAGGAAAUGGAGCAGAAUUUCAUCACUUCAAAUCAAAAGGUGCUGUGUCUAGAGAUUUAUAUUCUAGAAGGGCAACUGUGAUGGCACUUAGCAAUAAUUUUGAAGAUGAUGGCAGCAGGGCCGUUGAAGACAUUGACUGGGAUUCUUUUACUGUCAAGGGGACAUGCCAGGAAAUUGAGAAACGUUAUCUGCGGCUUACUUCUGCCCCUGAUCCAGCUACUGUAAGACCGGAAGAAGUACUAGAAAAAGCUCUGCUUAUGGUUCAAAAUUCUCAAAAGAAUUACCUGUAUAAGUGUGAUCAGUUGAAGUCCAUUCGUCAGGAUUUAACAGUGCAAAGAAUUCAAAAUCAACUAACAGUAAAGGUUUAUGAAACUCAUGCACGAUUAGCAUUGGAGGUUGGGGACCUGCCCGAGUAUAAUCAGUGCCAAUCUCAGUUGCAAUCCCUUUAUGCUGAAGGAAUUGAGGGAUGCCACAUGGAGUUUGCUGCAUACAACUUACUAUGUGUUAUCAUGCACUCUAGUAACAACAGAGAUCUUGUAUCAUCCAUGUCAAGAUUAUCAAGGGAAGCAAAAAGGGAUAAUGCUGUAAAGCAUGCUCUUGCAGUUCGUGCUGCUGUUACCUCUGGAAACUAUGUUAUGUUCUUCAGGCUCUUUAAAACAGCUCCAAAUUUGAACACUUGUGUAAUGGAUCUAUAUGUUGAAAAGAUGCGGUUUAAGGCAGUGAGCUGCAUAUCUCGAUCUUAUCGGCCUACAUUACCUGUUUCCUACAUCUCUCAGGUUCUGGGCUUCUCUAGUGUGUCUUCUGAAAAUGAUGAAAAAGAUUCAGAUGGAUUAGAGGAAUGUAUUGAGUGGUUGAAGGCACACGGCGCAUGUCUUAUUGCGGAUAACAAUGGAGAGGUGCAGCUUGAUGCGAAGGCAUCGACUUCGACUCUUUUCAUGCCAGAGCCGGAUGAUGCAGUGGCUCAUGGAGAUGCCAGUCUUGCAGUAAAUGAUUUUCUGACAAGAGCAACAUUGUAGUUAAGGUGACUGUCCAAUUGUAUCUAAAGAUUAUAUUAACAGGAAUACAAGUGAAAAUCAUGCUUGCCCACCUCAAUCCUUUUUGCAACAAAGUAACAGAGCUUAUUUCAAGAAUUAAGUUGAAGACACUUGGAGAAAGCUCAGACAUAUGCUAGAGAGAAUAGCCAAUAGAUGUGUAUCUACAAUUGGAAUAUGUAACUAAAUUCCCAGAUAGUUGGGAUGGCUUUAGGAGCCAGCAGCAGGGUAGCAUCUGAUGAGGGAUUUUUUUUUUUAUAAAAGAAAAAUAAACAAUAUUCAUUUUUCAGCCUACGAAUAGCAGAAAGAAAUGGUAUAUAUACUGGAGGGGACAGAAAAGAAUGUUGUUGCUGACCAUAUUGUAUUCUUCAUUCAUCAAUGCUUCAAAUUUUUUUAGUAUGA